AUGUCGUCAUAUCAAUCUGAUUUUUUACAAUUAGCAUUAGAUUCACAAGCAUUAAAAUUUGGAAAUUUCACUCUCAAAUCCAAACGUCAAUCCCCAUAUUUUUUCAAUUUAGGGUUAUUUAAUAAUGGGGAAUUAUUAUCAAAUUUAGCCACAGCAUACGCGGAGGCCAUAAUAGAAAGUGGCAUUAAAUUUGACAUAUUGUUCGGACCUGCUUAUAAAGGAAUUCCAUUGGCUGCUAUUACUGUUGCAAAAUUAUAUGAAUUAGAUCCUAAGAAUUAUGGAAAUAUUGGAUAUAGUUUUAAUAGAAAAGAGAAGAAAGAUCAUGGAGAAGGUGGAUCAAUUGUUGGAUGUUCAUUGAGUGGGAAAAAGAUUUUAAUAAUUGAUGAUGUCAUAACUGCAGGUACUGCCAUCAAUGAAGCUUUUGAGAUUAUAAAAGAAGAAAAAGGUGAAUGUGUUGGAUGUAUUAUUGCAUUGGAUAGACAAGAAACUACUAUCACAGAUACUACAAAGUCUGCUACAAAAGCAGUUAGUGAAAGAUAUGGAAUACCUGUAUUAUCAAUUGUAAGUCUAAGUGAAGUUAUUACUAUUUUAAAAGGUAAAAUUAAUGAUAAUGAUUUAAAAUCUAUUGAAGAAUAUAGAAGUAAAUAUGGUGCUUGA